UUAUGAGAAAUUUUAUGGAGUUGGCGUACUAGUGGAGAGGGCAAAUGGUUUGCCUGCACAAUACAAUAAUUAUCAAAUUUAUUUGGACUGCGAUGUAUAAGUAUAGUGAAAAGUCGAAAACCAGAAGAUAUACGCGCGUACAGUUGCCGCCUCGACACGGGCACACGACUGCGUAGGUCGCCGAGAAAUACAGUACGUGUUGCUGUCAGUUAUCUCGCUUAUUUUUAAGUCAUGUGCAAGAUAGUGUAAUCGAUUCUUGUUAAAGGCGCGACCGGCCAUCGUUCCUCGUCGAGUCGCAAUAGAAUAAAAAUCGCUGACUGAAGUGAAACACAUUACAUCUUACUAGUAGUGCAGAAAUAGUAAAAAAUGCCGAAGCUGCAAGAGUUUCAAAUCAGACUCGACAGAUCGAGUGGAAUCUAUCUUCCCGGAGAAGAGGUUACAGGCAAAGUAAUAUUUAAACUUACAGCUCCUAAGCGAAUCAAAGAACUUAGGAUCGAAAGUCAAGGAGAAAGCAAAGUCCACUGGACGAAACAUCGCCAAAUCAAGAGCAGUGCCCAUGCGGGCGAUCGUGAGCAUUUCAAAGGCGAGGAGCGAUAUUACACCGUAGCAAGUCGCCUGCUAUAUUCCGAAGAUGCAGAAACUACAACUUUGGAAGUCGGCAAUCAUAUCUACUACUUCAGUUUCCAACUACCUAAAAACCUUCCAUGCAGUUUCGAACAUAGAACUGGUUAUGUUCGAUACACCAUCAAGGCAAUCAUAGAUAGGCCUUGGAAAUUCAAUCACAAAACCAUCACUGCAUUUACUGUUCUGGCGCCGUAUGAUUUAAAUAAAAAGCCAUUUCUUGCUCUGGGUUUUGAUGAUGAAUUUGUUCAUAAAUUUACUAUGAUAAACGUAUUUAGUAAAGGACCAGAAAUGAACGUGCAUGUCCAAAAUGAGAUCAGAGGAUAUGUACCCGGCCAAGUUAUUGAAAUGUUUGUUAAAUUCAAUCACGAAACAGUUAAUGUUGAAUUAACAAAAAUAAAAAUGGAAUUAGUAAAAGAGUUGGAGUUUAUAUCCACUUCACCUCGAGCUUCAAAACGCAUCGAAACUGAAAUUAUUAGUAAAGAUAGAAAACUGGGACCUUUCUUCAAAAAAGAUGACGUUUCUCUAAAAAUAUUAGUUCCAGCACUUCCUCCAUCGCACUUGGAAAAUUGUAAUAUCAUCAAUAUUGAAUACAAAAUCGUUUUUACUAUUUGCGUGUCAGGAUUGCAUUUUAAUGUAACAAGAAAAUACCCAAUUGAAAUAGGAACUGUACCACUUCACCACAGUGUUUUCGACGGAUGGACAGCAUCACGUGUAGAUAUGUCAUCCGCACCGCCAUUUGAAGCAGUCUACCAAUCGUCGUCGGAAAUAUCUUCCCCCAACGCAGAUGACUUCACAGUUACUGAUGUUCCACCCUAUGUAAAAAAUACGACCCAGCCUAUGUUACCUCCUACAUAUGAGGAAUGUGUCUUUGGUAAAAACAAUAUAACAGAUGAAGUGGAAAGUAGUCGACAUGGAGUAAGUAUACAGUUCGCACCAAGGUACCCAGUUUACAGAUUCUCCCUGUCACAGCCAUAAGAAUGUAUGAAUCAAUAGACAAUGCUUUCAUUUGAUUUAAUUAUA